GCCCCGGAAGAGCCAGAAGCCCCGUAUAAAAAAAACACUACAGAGGACGCUGCCGAAACAGAACUAGGAAAAGCUCGGCCGGCAGCGGAGGGCGAAGCGGCGCGACCCCUGCAAGCUGGCGGAGGAAAGGGAGGCCAAGCGGGGAACCGGGCAUGCCUACAUAAACACGCCCGACUGAGCUGCGCCCGUAACGCCAGGCUGCUGCUCCAGCUCUAGGCGCGAGGAAAGGGACGGCGCUGCUGGUCUUGGGUCCGCCGUUCCUUGGAAGAAAGCGUUGCCAACGGCGCUGAACCAUGGCAGACGAGGAGAACGCCCGGAGCAGCGGCAGCCCUAGCGGGGCCAUCGCCGAGCCUUUCCUGGGCUGCUGCGAGAGCAGCCGCUGCAACGUGCUCAGCUGGGAACAAGUGCAGCGCUUGGACCGCAUCCUGACCGAAACCAUCCCGAUCCACGGCCGGGGGAACUUCCCGACACUGGAGAUGCAGCCGCGGCAGAUUGUCAAGGUGGUGAGGAGCCGCCUGGAAGAGAAAGGCAUCGGCGUGCGCGAUGUGCGCCUCAACGGCUCGGCGGCCAGCCACGUCUUGCACCAAGACAGCGGCCUGGGCUACAAGGACUUGGACCUCAUCUUCUGCGCAGACCUGAAAGGAGAGGCCGAGUUCCAGACCAUCAAAGAUGUCGUCUUGGAUUGCCUCUUGGAUUUCUUACCGGAAGGCGUUAACAAAGAGAAGAUCACCCCCCUGACUCUGAAGGAAGCCUAUGUGCAGAAAAUGGUGAAAGUGUGCAAUGAUUCAGACCGGUGGAGCCUCAUCUCCCUCUCCAACAACAGUGGCAAAAAUGUGGAGCUGAAAUUUGUGGACUCUCUGAGGAGACAAUUUGAGUUCAGCGUAGACUCCUUUCAAAUCAAGCUAGACUCCCUCCUUCUUUUUUAUGAAUGUUCUGAGAACCCGAUGACUGAAACUUUCCACCCCACUAUCAUUGGUGAGAGUGUCUAUGGGGAUUUCGAAGAAGCCUUUGAUCACCUUUGCAACAAGAUAAUUGCUACUCGGAAUCCAGAAGAAAUCAGGGGAGGUGGCCUGUUUAAGUACUGCAACCUCCUCGUAAGAGGCUUCCGGGCUGCUUCUGAGUCGGAGAUUAAGUCGCUCCAGAGAUACAUGUGCUCCAGGUUUUUCAUUGACUUCUCAGACAUUGGGGAACAGCAGCGGAAACUGGAGUCCUACUUGCAGAACCACUUUGUAGGGCUGGAGGACCGCAAGUACGACUAUCUUAUGACUCUUCAUGGGGUGGUGAACGAGAGCACGGUGUGCCUGAUGGGACAUGAGAGGCGGCAGACUUUGAAUCUUAUCACCAUGCUGGCCAUCCGUGUUCUAGCUGAGCAAAAUAUCAUCCCAAAUGUGGCCAAUGUCACUUGCUACUACCAGCCGGCCCCAUACGUAGCAGAUGGUAACUUCAGCAAUUACUAUAUUGCCCAGGUUCAGCCAAUGUUCCCCUGUCAGCAACACACAUACUCGACUUGGUUGCCCUGUAAUUAACAUCUGUUUUAAUAGACUUGGUGGGGAAAGUAUAUAUAUUUUUUCUGUCAAGCAACUAAAGGGGAAGGAUGGCACUCUCCUUUUUUUAAAAAUAAUGGGGUGGGUUUUGAGCAAUGGUGGUCUCCUCUGGCUUUUUAAGCUUGAGGAAAGCUGGUGGUUCUUCUCUGUGAUGUGAUGGAGCAUGGUUUAGGAAAGAACCCAACACUUCAUUGGAUUCCACCCCAGAGCACAAGA